AUGACAGAUCAAAAAUAUUAAAUGAAACUGUAUACAAAAGUAACAUUAGCAAUUCCAUCUCUUUUGAAGCAAACUUUGGAAUAGGUAUUGGGUAAGGAAUAAUAAUAAAGGAAUUCCUUUGAAUUAAACUUUAAUUUUUUUAAUUCUCUUCUUUAAAACAACAGUCAGAAACAGAAGAAAGCCCUUAACAAUGACAUUAAGCAUCAAGAAUAAAGGGUAAAGAUACAAGUUAUUAAAAUUGUUUUAUCCAAGAUUGAGAAAUGUGAAAAAGUUUUUGGAUGUCAUUUUGUGCAUUCUACUUUUGAAAAUUCAUCAGGUUCAUCGUCUUCCGCAAUAAAUUAAUACAGGGAAAGCUAUUACGAUAAAUUUUGCAAUACUUUUUCGAUUUUUCCAAACAUUGAAAGUACCAAUACAAUUGAGAUUUAUAAUACUGCUUUCUCAUUACAUGGAUUAUUGAGAAUUGCGAUGUAGUUAUGAUAUUUGAUUAAGGAGCUUUAGACAAUUAAUUGGUAAAGCUAAGAUAAUAAUGCACUUUUGAAAAUUAUAAUGAUGUUAUAGCGGGAUGUCUUUUAUAAAUGAAUUGCUCUUAACAUUUUCCUGGUCAUUAGAACGGAGACUUAAGAAAAUUGUAUACUAAUCUUGUUCCUUAUCUUCGUUAACAUUUUUUAAAAUGUGCCUUUACACCUAUUGAUACUAGGUAAGAUUUGAACUACUAAUUAACCAAACUAAGUCUACCUAACUAUUCUUAUUUCUCUUUUCAAAAUCCAACCAGAAAUUUAUCCUUGCUCAAGCAUUGA